AUGUCAGAGCUAAACUGCACAGCUCCUGUGGACAAGCUCCCCAAACAAGAGUCACCUACACCUAACAAUAAUGCCAUGCCUCUACCACUCAUAACCCAGUCUGACUCCAGGGAUAAAUGGAGCAAAAAGAUGGAUUUUCUUCUUUCUGUCAUUGGGUUUGCUGUCGACUUGGGAAAUGUGUGGCGCUUUCCUUAUAUCUGUUAUCAGAAUGGUGGCGGAGCAUUCUUGAUUCCAUAUACUAUCAUGGCAAUUUUUGGAGGGGUCCCUCUCUUCUACAUGGAGUUAGCCCUUGGUCAAUUUCACAGAAUGGGUGCCAUCCCUAUAUGGAAACGUAUCUGUCCGAUCUUUAAAGGUAUUGGAUAUGCAAUUUGCAUAAUUGCUUUGUAUGUCUCGUUCUACUACAACACCAUCAUAGCCUGGGCCUUGUUCUACUUCUAUUCCUCUUUCACUGACACCUUGCCAUGGACAAACUGUGAUAAUCCCUGGAAUACUCCCAACUGCACCAACUACUUUGGCAAAUCUAACAUAACCUGGAACAAUUAUUCUAAAUCUCCAGCAGAAGAGUUUUAUACGAGAAAAGUCCUUGGAAUUCAUGAAGCAGACGGCUUAGAUGAUGUUGGAGGCUUACGCUGGCAGCUGCUUCUCUGCCUUUUUAUAAUAUUUACCAUUGUAUACUUCAGUCUGUGGAAAGGAGUGAAAACCUCUGGGAAGGUGGUAUGGGUAACAGCAACCCUCCCUUAUGUGGUACUUUUCAUCCUAUUGAUUCGAGGAGCUACUCUUCCAGGGGCCUGGAGGGGGAUUUUAUUUUACUUAAGGCCCAAGUGGGAAAAACUAACAGAUACUGCAGUCUGGGUGGAUGCGGCAGCACAGAUUUUUUUCUCUCUGGGACCUGGAUUUGGAGUUCUCUUAGCACUAUCAAGCUAUAACCCAUUCCACAACAACUGUUACAGAGAUGCACUUAUUACCAGCACAGUGAACUGCUUGACCAGCUUUUUGUCUGGUUUUGUGAUUUUCACAGUACUCGGUUAUAUGGCUGAAAUGAGGGGUGUUGAAGUUGAGGAUGUGGCAAAAGACAAAGGUCCAAGUCUCCUCUUUAUAACAUAUCCAGAAGCCAUUGCGAAUAUGGUGGGAUCUACAUUCUUUGCCAUAAUCUUUUUCAUGAUGAUGAUAACCCUUGGUCUAGAUAGCACGUUUGGAGGCCUGGAAGCCAUUAUCACAGCUGUUAUGGAUGAAUACCCACAUAUAUUGUCCAAGAGGCGAGAGUUGUUUGUCCUCGGAUUGGUCAUAGUCUGCUUUACUGGAUCCCUCAGUACUCUGACUCAUGGAGGUGCUUAUGUUGUUAAACUUUUGGAACAAUUUGGUGCUGGCUGUCCUAUUAUUGCAGUUGUAUUUUUAGAGGCCAUUGCUGUAUCAUGGUUUUAUGGGAUACAAAGAUUCUCUAAUGAUGUGAAGUCCAUGCUGGGCUUUGCUCCUGGAAUAUUUUGGAGGAUUUGUUGGGUAGCAAUCAGCCCGGCAUUUUUAGCAUUUAUCAUUGUCAGCUCUCUUAUGGAUCAGCCACCUCUUACAUUAUUUGACUAUCGAUACCCAGAAUGGACCACCUCUGUUGGAUUUCUUAUUGGAGCAUCUUCUUUCAUUUGGAUACCUGUCUACAUGGUGUACAAGUUGGUAUGGACUCCAGGAUCUCUUAAGGAGCGUCUGGCUGUCUGUGUCCGACCAGAGAAGGCAGUGAGGGAUCAACAGCUAGAUUCCAUGUGCAUGGCAUCUGAACCCUAAAUAAAUAAUUCCAAGCUCCAUUAUAAACCAGAUACAGGAGAGGAGUAACAGCGAAUCAGUCAUUGGUGCAUUUUUAUGGUGUCCGCUCACCUCAUGUGGGGUUUAUAAAUGCAGUAACACUGAUAAACGGUUGUUGGAGUUAAUCAAGUAAUUAUUAUAAAGAUAUGUAUUUUUAUUUAAGGGGUGCUGUAUCCAGGAAAAUGACUGCCAAUGAGAGCUUUUUGCCUGUUUUUAAAAAGCAUCAGGUACGCAUGUCUACUGAAGUAUUUGUGUAUAUGUAUAUAAAUAUAUAUAUAGAAGUCAUACGAUUACAUCUUCUAAUUUCUAUCAGGAUCGAAAAACUUUCUGAAUAACGUCAUAACUGAAUCAUGAACUAUCGUAUUCUCUUUGUUGCCUCAUUGUUGAAGCACUACACAAUUAAAUGAUUCCCAAGUGGAGUUGAGUCAUCCAACGCCAUGAAUCAUUCCUAUGCCCGUGAUGAUGCAGGCAGACCUGCAGAGGUGUCAGAAGGUGCAAAUGAAUGAACGAGCAAUGAAUCAGAAAAAUGUUAAAAAAAGAAAAUUGAUGUAGGUUGUGCUCCCCUUAACGCUCUGUUUGCUUUUUCAGUUAGACUGGUAUUCUAUUAUAACCUUAUUAGUAUUUAACUGUAAUAACCCAAGCUUGAAACCCUUACAGAUUCUUUCCAUAAUAUGUAUACUAUACAUAAUGAGUCACUAACUGUUCAGUAGGCACCCCUUGAUUCCCACACGGAUAUUAUAGUUAUGGAAUAAGCUGUUUUGCCUUUUGCUGCAUCAUUUUCUGUGCAUCAGCUAAUGUCAGUGUGUUUCCAUUAAUGUUUUCACUGACACUGGUUCUUGGUGAAACAUUUGUAAGUCUUUAAAGGGAUACUGUCAUGGGAAAAAAAAGUUUUUUUCAAAAUGCAUCAGUUAAUAGUGCUGCUC